GGAUUAUAGAUGUGGUGCACAUUGUGCUAACUGACAUGUGUAAUGAUGGGAUAUUAUUGGACUUUUUACUACACAUACAACCAAAAUGUACAUCUAAAUAUAUAGGUAGAGAGAUAGAUAGAUAGAUGGGAGAAUACAGUCGAUAUGAAAACCUUAUCGUAUGUCAGUUAUACGCAUGUCUAUUCAUUCUAAAUGCAAAUGAUAGAAGCACAUCUUGUUGAACACUAACCAACUAACUAACUAACUAACUGACCGAGUGUGUGUAUGUGUGUGUGUGCCUCAGUGUUAGUAAUGCCGGUAACAGUUAGAAUACUUACUACUACUGCUAUAUCCAGAAUAAUUAUGAACAACUAGUAGUAGAAAUGCUUAUCCUGUGCUAUAUUUAUUAUAUCAUUGAUGCUUAAAUCUUCAUCACCAGAACUAUUUUAAUCGAUCCACGCAUAUAUAUUAUACACAAGCUUUUUACAGAAGAAAAGACACCUUGACAGAGGAGAGACACUGGCUGAAGGAACAAACAAAAAACAAGUCAGCCAGGAUACAGGCCAGCCAGCCAGCAGACAAACAAAAACUCUUUUGUUUGUUUUUUCCCCAUAAUCCCUGGUUUUUACAAUCUGUGAAAAAAUCAUCUAUCGAAAGCCUUCAAAACUCCUGAUCUCUUUCUUAGUCUGUGUGUUAUAAUUAAUUAAUUAAUUGCAUGACAGACAGAUGACAAUGAAACCUCAUGAAGAUUACAAAUUUAUGCAUCAGUAUUACACUUAUGGAUUUAUUCUCGUAAAUGUUUUCAUAUUAUUAUGUAAUAUUUGUAUAACACCAACGAAUGGUGCAGCAACAUGCAUACCAUCACCGAAUUGCACAGAAUGUACAUGUAUGGGAAUUCCAGGACCAAAGGGUGACCUUGGCGCUCGAGGACAUGUUGGUAGACCCGGUCCAGUUGGAUCACGUGGUCAGCCUGGACUACCUGGUCCAGAAGGUGAACGUGGUAUACCUGGUAUACCAGGGGAUCCUGGUCCCAAAGGAAUAAUGGGUGAUAAAGGUGUUAUGGGUGUUCCAGGUGUAGAUGGAAUGAAGGGUGCACUUGGUGUCAAAGGACCAAAAGGUUUUCCAGGUGAAGAAGGAUGUUGUGGAGCAAAGGGACCUAAAGGUCUUAAAGGUACACCUGGUAGUUAUGGAUUUGAUGGUCUCGUCGGUGAACGAGGUUUGAAAGGUCCAAAGGGUGAUAAAGGUGAACCAGCAAUCGUUGAUGGUGCUGACGGUAUGGGAGAAAUGGGACCAAAAGGUGAAAAAGGCGAACGUGGUCCAAAAGGUCUUCGUGGUCGAGAUGGUGAAAAAGGUCAACCUGGUAUAGCUGGACCAAAAGGCUAUCAAGGAAUGAAAGGAGACCGUGGUGAUGUGGGCAUCAAAGGCGAAAAAGGCGAUACACCUACACCGAUUUCCUUACCAUAUGCAGAACCUGGUGAAAAAGGUUUCAAAGGUGAAAAAGGCACAUCUUAUGACGAAUCACCAUUGAUCAAAGGCCAGAGAAUAGGGAUAAAAGGUGUUAAAGGUCUUACUGGUCCAAGAGGUGAACCCGGAGAUGAAGGUCCUCCAGGCCCAAGAGGUAGUCCUGGAAUAAAUGGAGUACGCGGACCUCCAGGUCCUAUUGGAGACGAGGGUUCAAUGGGAAAGUUCGGCAAACCUGGAGCACCCGGUAUACCUGGACCACCUGGACGACUUGGACAAGAUGGUCUGCCUGGACCACCUGGUCAACCUGGUUAUCCUGGACCAAAAGGAGACAAAGGAUAUCCUGGUACUCAAGGACCUAAAGGUGAAAAGGGUGUAAAAGGUGAAACGAUUGAUGUCGAUGCAAUGCCUGGACCUGAUGGAGAUAUUGGUGAACCAGGUGUGAAAGGUGAACGAGGUGAUCCAGGCCCAUAUGGACCAAGAGGUCUUCCUGGUGGACGUGGACCCCGAGGAGAUCCUGGACCUAAAGGUGAUCCAGGCCCUGGUUACGCCCAAGUUAUCGUCGGUGAAGUUGGAAGGAAAGGAGAGAAGGGUCUUCCUGGACUUGAUGGAAAACGUGGAAAGACAGGGAGACCUGGCGUCCCAGGACCGAAAGGAGAGAAAGGAUAUCCUGGACGUGAAGUGUACGGCAAAAAAGGUGAUAAAGGUGCACGUGGAUUUCCCGGACCUAUUGGACCACCAGGUGAUCGUGGAGCUGCCGGUAGGCCAGGUCCAGUUGGUGAUCGUGGAGAAAUCGGUCCAAGUAUUGAUGGUCCACCUGGACCUAAAGGAAUCAAAGGUCAACCUGGUUUACCAGGUAUACGUGGCCGUGAUGGUGAUCCUGGUCCGCCUGGAGAAAAAGGCGACUGUACUGUAUGUCCAGAUGGAAGACCUGGUUCACCAGGACCUAAAGGUUUCCGUGGUCAACCAGGAGUGCCUGGAGAACCAGGUCUGGAUGGUUCACCCGGACAGAAGGGUUUACCAGGAGCACAAGGACGUGAUGGUCUAGUUGGUAUCCCUGGUCAAAAGGGUGAAAAAGGUGAACGUGGGAAUGAUGGUGCUCCUGGGCCUAAAGGUGAACCAGGUCCUGUUGAAAUAGUAAAUGUCACAGUACCAGAAGCACCACGUGGUGAUGUUGGUCGUCCAGGUCGUGCUGGAGUAGUUGGUGAACAAGGUCCAAAAGGUUUUCCUGGUCCUAAAGGUCUACCUGGUCCAGAAGGUCCAAAGGGUGAUACAGGUUUACCGGGGUUACCAGGCUUCAGUGGAACUGUUGGAAAACCUGGAAGACGUGGUGAACCAGGUCGUGAUGGAAUUGUAUUCGAUGCACAGAAGGGAGCUCCAGGUGUUCCUGGUCGAGAUGGUAUCAAAGGUGAAAAAGGAGAGAAAGGAGACAGGGGUAUGGACAAUAUUGUCGAUCAAAUAUUUGAAUAUAUCAAGGGUGAAAUGGGUCCGAAAGGAUUUCCAGGUGACAAAGGAUUAUCAGGAUUUCCAGGGGAAAAAGGUAGAGAAGGCGAGAAAGGUAUUCCUGGAAUACCUGGAAAGCAAGGGAAACCAGGUUUUCCUGGUCCACAAGGAGCUCCAGGUCAACAAGGUGACAAAGGUUUUAUUGGACCAAAAGGGCCUAGAGGCAUUCCAGGACCAGCUGGUGGACCUGGAGUUAAAGGUGCAAAAGGUCUUCUAGGUCCUAAAGGUGUUCCUGGAAGUCCUGGUGAUAUGGGUGAACGUGGCCCUCCUGGUUUGCCUGGUACUUCAGCAGUUGGAGAGAAAGGCGAAGAAGGUGCACGAGGUUUCCCUGGUCCAGUUGGUAGAAAAGGAAUGCCAGGGAUUAAAGGGGAGAAGGGAGUUAGAGGCAUUGAUGGACUUCCUGGACUAAAUGGACCGAAAGGAGAAAGAGGAGAUCAAGGACCGAAAGGUGACAUUGGAGAACCGGGUGAAAUUUAUCAAGGAGUGAAGGGACCUAAAGGUAUUAAAGGUGAACGUGGUCGACAAGGCAUUGAUGGAGCGAAAGGAGAACCUGGAGAAGACAGAUUCCCUACAGCUGCACUGAAAGGUGCUCCUGGUCAGCCAGGACCACGUGGACCUGAAGGACCGAAAGGAUUCCCAGGAAGUGUAGGCUUGCCGGGGAGAGUAGGCCCAAUGGGACCUAGUGGAAUUCCUGGACCUCCAGGUGACAAAGGUGAUGCUGGCUUGCCUGGUCAAUUUGGCCCUAAAGGUUUACCAGGAGAACCUGGAGAUGAGGGCCCAGAUGGACCACGAGGAGAAACUGGUGACGAGGGACCAAGAGGUGUUCCUGGGGCAGCAGGACCUAAAGGAUUACCUGGACUAAUGGGUCCCAAAGGACUUCCAGGGGAACCAGGAGCUGUAGGAGUCGGACUUAAAGGGCAGAAAGGUUUGCCAGGAAUUAAAGGUGUCAAGGGUGUACCCGGUGAGCCUGGCGACGAUGGAACACCAGGCAGAAAAGGUCUUCCAGGUCUAGCUGGUAGAGCAGAAAAAGGUGAAAAAGGAGAGAAAGGAUUAAAGGGUGCACAACCACCUCCAGGACCUAAAGGAAGACCUGGUCAAAUGGGUCCAAUGGGUGAAACAGGUGAUCCUGGACCUGUAGGUCCUAUUGGUGAGAAAGGAAAUCGUGGAACUCCUGGACCAGCUGGACGUCCUGGUCGAACUGGUGCAAUUGGUGAACCGGGUGAUUCUGGACCAAGAGGUCUACCAGGGCUGCCUGGACCAUUGGGUGAUAAAGGUGAAAAAGGUUUACCAGGAACAACACUUCGAGUGGCUGAUGUUGGUGCAAAAGGUGAAAAAGGUCAACCUGGUGUACCUGGUCCACCUGGACCUAAAGGUAGACAGGGUCCAAAAGGUGAUGGAGGACCUCAAGGUCAACCAGGUAAAGAUGGUUUACCAGGUCAACCUGGCCCUAUGGGAGCAAAGGGUGAAAAAGGAGUACCUGGACCGGAAGGACCAAGAGGAGUUGAAGGACAACCAGGUCCAAAAGGUAUUAAAGGAUUCAUUGGUCCAAAAGGAUUCCCUGGAUCAGUAGGUCCUCCUGGCGAGCGUGGUCCUACUGGAGAUCGUGGUGAAGUAUCAAGAUCGGCGACUGGACAGAAAGGUGAACGUGGUCCAAUGGGUUUACCUGGGCCAGUGGGUAGAAAAGGUGAUCCAGGCGAAACUGGACUGAGAGGAGCCCCAGGUGAUGUAGGAGAACCAGGCCCUGACUUGGUUGGAGCACCUGGUGAAAAAGGAAGUCCUGGACCAACAGGUCGACCAGGAGUUCCUGGAAUGAGAGGACCUAAAGGCGUUAAAGGUGUAUCACCAAGGGAACCUGGAGAACCUGGUCCUAGAGGUGCCGAUGGACCACCGGGUAUCAAAGGUGAACGUGGACCAAAGGGAUUUGACGGAUCCGUUGGUAGAAAAGGAUUACCAGGUUUGAAAGGUGAACAAGGGACAAAAGGCAUUGCAGGUCAACCAGGAAGACCUGGUAGUGUUGGUGAGAAAGGCGAUAGAGGACCACCAGGAAUUCCAGGUGAAAAAGGCAACAAAGGAAUUAAAGGUGAAAUGGGUCGUCCAGGAUUACCAGGCCAGAAAGGUGAAAGUGCAUUUGCUAUUGUUGGAAUGAAAGGAGAAAAAGGAAUUCGUGGAGAUGAUGGUUUAAUGGGUCCCAAGGGUAUACCAGGAGUUGAUGGAGCUCCUGGUUCUCCUGGUCCAAGAGGUGAACCUGGUGAUGCUGGAGAACCAUCGCCUAGAGGUCCUAAAGGUUAUCCAGGUCCACCUGGUGAAAAAGGAUUUAUGGGUCCAGAGGGACCAAAAGGUGAAGUUGGUCCGAUUGGAGAACAAGGAGCACCAGGAGCCAUUGGCGAUACACGUGGUAACACUGGACACUUAUUCACAGUUCACAGUCAAACAACACGUAUACCAUCAUGUCCAUCAUCAACGCGUAAAUUAUGGGAAGGUUAUUCAUUUUUAAGUAUGACUGGUUCAGAAAGAGCUCACGUGAAUGAUUUAGCCAGUCCCGGCUCAUGUUUACAACUGUUCAAUCCAAUACCGUUUAUGUUUUGUGAAAAACAAGAAAACUGUUAUUAUGCUCAACGUAAUGAUCGAAGUUAUUGGCUGAGUACAGAAGAAGAACCAAUGAUGUGGAAUCCAGUACCAGCGAAUGAAACUCAAAGACAUAUAAGUCGUUGUGUUGUCUGUGAAGCACCUAGUAAACUUUAUGCUUUCCAUUCGCAAACUUUGGAAAUCCCAAGAUGUCCUGAUGGUUGGUCAACUCUAUGGCCUGGAAGUAGUUUUCUAAUGAAUACUGGUUAUGGAGCCCAGGGUGGAGGACAACAAUUAGCCUCUCCUGGAAGUUGUAUCCCACAAUUUCGUUCACAUAUGUUUAUUGAAUGUACUGCUAAGGGGUUAUGCGGUUUCUUUGAAGAGCAUAAAAAUUUCUGGUUACGUGUUAUGCCUAGUUCAAUGGAUGAGCAUAUGUUUGGCAUGGUCAUGGGUACCGUGAUCAAAGUACGCAGUAGUCAAGAUUCUGUGAGUAAAUGUGUCGUGUGUAUGCGAACGCAACCAUUGUCAACAUUAUUUUAUCUACAUUAAUAAAUAUAAUGCUUUAAAGAAAAUUGUUCCUUUCAUUAUUACUAUAAUAAUUAUUAUUAUUAUGAUUACGAAAAUGUACCCUUCGUUUGCGAUGCAACAAAAUCAUCACUAUUAUUAUCACUAUUAUUAUUACUAUUACUAUUGCUAUUAUUAUUAUUGUUAACCAACAAUAUCAAAUCUAAUUAUACUAAUCGAUACCUACUCUGGUAUCUCGACAAAUUUACUCUUCUGGGUAAAACCUUCUUCACACUGCUCUCUGUGUAUGCUCAUUGAUGCGACAGAUAAGUUAAGCAGUAUCAUCUAGGGUUCUAAACAAACAAUUCAAUUAAACAAAAUAAUAAUUGCUACGUCGUACACGAAAAAGUAACGCUUUGAAAGGUUCAAUUUCUUUUUUUUUCUUUUUGCUUUGUUUAGCUAAAACGUUUUAUUAAAUUCAAGAUUUUUAUGAUUUUAAUUUAGAAUAUAUAUAUAUAUAUAUCCAUAUAUGUAAUCUUUCCUUUCUUCUAAUCUGUGUGUGUUACGAAUGGUUUUUAUUUCCUCUCUACAAAAUCAUUAAAAUACAUACACUCUAAUAUUAAAAAUAUAGCAAUUUUUCUAAUUUAAUUUAUAUUCUCAGUAUUUCUUCCUACAAUUGCAUACAUAUUUCUGCCAAUAUCAAAAAUACAGGUUAUGAUUUUAUCAUUAAUACUAUGAAUAUUCAAAAUUCGCGCUCUCCUCCCGCUAGUAUUUUGUUCAAUGUCCAAUGUUUCAAAUUGAACCAAUGAAAAUGGGAAUAACUAGUCAGUCAGUCAAUCAAUCAAUUGAUGAUAUUGAUCAUAAGACAGGGAUGUUUAAAUGUGCCUAUUGCACACAUACACACACAAAUAUGCAUAUAUUUCUAUUAGGCUGCUUUUUGAAAAUCUUUUCACUCUCUUUUCCUCUGUGUUUUUCUUUGUUUGUUUGUUUGUUUAUUUCUAGGAGUUUAUUUGGAUUCGGUAAAAUAAAAUUUACUUAUUUACAAAAUGCUUUAUAUGACUUAUUUAAUUAUUUAUUUAUCAAAUUAUAUUUAAAACAAUUUUUUGUUUUUAGUUGUGUAAUAAUAAGAAAAAAUUGCAAAAGAUGAGAAAUUUUGAUUAGAUAACAUAAGAAAUAUACAAUUAUUGUGUUUUUACUAUUAUUAUUAUUAUUAUUAUUAUUAUUAUUGUGACUUCUCUUCAUUUGACUGAGUGUCUAAUAUCUAGUACUUCAUGUGUGUGUGUGUGUGUACUUGUUCUAUCCUGUAUUGUUUAUAAGAAAUCCACUGUUAACCUUCUUGGUAAAUAAAGUUAUAAUGAUAUUAAUAAUAUUGAUGAUAAUAACAAUAAAUGGAAUAUAUAUUUAAUUUAAAACGACUUUCUAAUUAUUUUGUUGCCUUCGAAGCGUAAUUUGAGUUGUUCCUGUCGUUGUUGUUGUAGCGGUAAAUAAUUCCCCAAAACUAUUGACCACAGCAAUCAUCACUCAACAUUGG